AAAUAAAUAAAAUUAAAGGGAGUGAAAGACUUGAAAGUUAAGUGGGAAAGAAAAGGAAGAGCCGGUUGGGACUUGAAGAUGCUGAACACAAUCAACACAUCAAAGCAGCAGUUAAUUUCAUCAAUGACCCAAAAUUCUUGAUGCAAAAUCUUUUAGCUUCCUCUUCCUACUUCAAUGGCUUCAUUUUCUCUCUUCUUUCUUUUUACACUUCUUCUACUACCACCGUAUUCUCUUUGCCAACUUCAAGAAUUUGUGAGCAUUGACUGUGGUGGAACAAGCUACUACAAUGAUUCAACAACAGGGUUGCCAUGGAUUCCGGAUUCUGAGAUCAUGAAACAUGGCAAAGCUGUGGAAGUUCAAAACCCAAAUGGUGGCAGCAAUAUGAUUCCUCUUCAGUACAAGACAAGGAGGGACUUUCCAAUAGACAGCAGAAAGUACUGUUACACACUGAAAACUGAGGAGAGGAGAAGGUACCUUGUCAGAGCAAGUUUUCAGUAUGGGAACUUGGGAGAUGGAGACACAUACCCUCAAUUUCUGCUCUUCUUGGAUGCAACAAAAUGGGCCACUGUGUCAGUCUAUGAUGCAUCAAGGGUCUAUGUGAAGGAGAUGAUUUUCAGAGCACCCUCGGACUCUGUUGAUGUUUGCAUGUGUUGUGCCACCACUGGCUCUCCAUUCAUAUCCACACUGGAGCUUAGGCCCUUGAAUGUGUCAAUGUAUGCCACGGACUUCGAGGAUGAUUUCUUCUUGAAAGUGGCUGCAAGGAUUAACUUUGGUGCUACUAGUGAGCAUGCUGUCAGGUAUCCAGAUGAUCCAUAUGAUAGAAUCUGGGAUUCGGAUCUCAUUAAAAGACAAAAUUUUCUUGUUGGGGUGGCCCCAGGCACAAUUAGAAUUAACACAACAAAGAACAUAAAUAUACAGACAAGGGAAUACCCUCCUGUUAAAGUGAUGCAAACCGCGGUUGUAGGCACAAAACGGGUACUCAGCUACAGAUUGAACCUUGAAGACUUCCCUGCCAACGCUAGAGCUUACGCAUAUUUUGCGGAGAUCCAAGAUCUCGGUAAGAACGAGACCCGAAAAUUCAAAUUGGAGCAACCUUAUAUACCUGACUAUAGCAAUGCAGUGGUUAACAUAGCUGAGAAUGCAAAUGGUAGCUACACUCUAUAUGAACCAAGUUAUAUGAAUGUGAGUCUGGAUUUUGUUCUUUCCUUCUCCUUUGCUAAGACCAGGGAUUCUACUCAAGGACCUCUUCUAAAUGCAAUGGAAAUAAGCAAAUAUGUUGAAAUCGCUUCCAAAACUGACAAAGAAGAUGUAAAUGUAAUAAAUGUGUUUCGCUACUUGUCUUCCGAUACUGACCCAAAUAAUGGGGAUCCCUGUGUUCCAACACCCUGGGAGUCGGUUAAUUGUAGUGCAACAACCCCUCCAAGAAUCACAAAGAUAAACCUGUCAAGAAGGAAUGUGAAAGGUGAAAUUCCACAAGAGCUCAACAACAUGGAAGCAUUGACAGAGUUGUGGUUAGAUGGUAACUUGCUUACAGGAACACUACCUGACAUGAGCAAUCUUAUCAAUCUAAACAUUGUGCAUUUAGAGAACAACAAAUUGACUGGUCCAUUACCGUCUUACUUGGGUAGUUUGCCAAAUUUGCAAGUACUGUUUAUACAGAAUAACUCAUUUAGCGGAGAAAUACCAACAGGACUAUUAUCUGGAAAAAUCAUUUUCAACUAUGAUAAUAAUCCUGAACUACAUAGAGGGAACAAGAAGCAUUUUCAGUUGAUACUAGGAGCUUCAAUUGGAAUACUAGUAAUAUUAUUACUAUUAUUCUUAACAAGUCUUCUGCUAAUGCAUAAUGCACGGAGAAAGGCGUCUAAACAGAAAUGUGAUGAAAAAGGGAUUUCCAGAGGUAGUACAAAGCCAUUGACCGGAUACUCAUUCGGUAAGGGUGGGACUUUAAUGGAUGAGGGUACUGCUUACUAUAUUUCACUUUCGGAGUUGAAAGAAGCUACUAAUAACUUUUCGAGGAAAAUCGGGAAAGGAAGCUUUGGAUCUGUCUACUAUGGGAGAAUGAAAGAUGGAAAGGAGAUUGCGGUUAAGACUAUGACUGAUCCAUCCAGCCAUGGGAACCAACAAUUUGUGACUGAGGUAGCUCUCCUCUCAAGAAUUCAUCACAGAAACUUGGUUCCUUUGAUUGGAUAUUGUGAAGAAGAAUAUCAGAAUAUUCUUGUUUACGAGUACAUGCACAAUGGCACAUUAAGGGAUCACCUUCAUGAAGGUUCGAGUCAGAAACAAUUAGACUGGUUAGCACGGCUUCGGAUUGCAGAAGAUGCAGCGAAAGGCCUUGAAUACUUGCACACAGGAUGCAAUCCUAGUAUUAUUCACCGAGAUGUAAAGACGAGCAAUAUUCUCCUCGACAUCAAUAUGAGAGCGAAAGUGUCAGAUUUUGGACUAUCAAGGUUAGCUGAAGAAGAUUUGACUCAUAUAUCAAGUGUUGCAAGAGGAACUGUAGGCUACCUGGAUCCUGAGUACUAUGCAAGUCAACAAUUAACCGAAAAGAGUGACGUAUAUAGUUUUGGAGUUGUUAUGCUGGAAUUGAUAUCUGGAAGAAAGCCGGUAUCACCAGAAGAUUAUGGUCCUGAAAUGAAUAUAGUUCAUUGGGCAAGAUCCUUAAUCCAAAAAGGCGACGUGGUAAGCAUCAUGGAUCCAUCCCUGGUUGGGAAUGUCAAGACCGAGUCGGUUUGGAGGGUUGCUGAAAUUGCCAUGCAAUGUGUGGAGCAACAUGGUUUCUCCAGACCAAGAAUGCAAGAAGUGAUUUUAGCCAUACAAGAUGCCUCCAGGAUUGAGAAAGGUUCAUCAGAAAAUCACCUAAAAUUAUCAUCUUUAUCUUCAGGUAGCUCAAAACCACAAUCUUCAAGGAAAACAUUACUUACAAGUUUUCUUGAAAUUGAAACCCCUGACUUGUCACAAGGUUGUCUCCCAUCAGCAAGAUAAACAUCUUUUCUAAGGAGAAAGUUUAUGCUAUGACCUUAACCAGAAAUCUUGGACUAUGCAAAAACUCAAAAGGAGAAAGUUUUGCACCCCAAGUAAUCUUACCCAACUUGAUUGGAGGAUAAUUUGGUUUUGACCAAAAAAGAUGAUGUUAAGGUAUAAUUUAGUCAAGUGUUGUAUUGCACUGCUUACUAUGUUUAUAUCAUAGUGAAACUCACUGGCUAGUGGCUAGUGAUAUAUGAUGAUACCUUUAAAUCUUAUAACCAAUGAAAUUGUAAUAUUCUACCUUCUUUAUCUGUAUUUGGCAAUUUUUCAUGUAUUAAAUGGGUUAUUCUGAUUAAUUAGCCUACUUGUAAACUGGAAAAUGAAUAAGGGUAUAUUUUUCGGUAUAAUAUUAUUUU